AGAUAUAGAGAGAGAAAACAAAUGCAAUAAACAACAAUACCGAAUUCUCUCUUCCUCUCUCUAUAUCUUCAUAUAUAUACAUUCACACAAUAAAAUCAAUCAAAAUUCAUUCAAAUUCAUAACCAUUUCCAUAUCACUAUCAUUUUAGAUCUUCUAAAACCCUAGCUGUUAUUCACACUACGUUAUUUAACCGUUUUUGAUAUCAUUUUUUCGCUUAAUCGCUCAUUUCGUAGGCUUCCGAUUUACUCGCUGCUGGUUAUGCUGAAAUUGAAGAUGAAUUACUGUGUGUAAUCAGUGUGUGAAGUUAGUGUGUGUAUUCGGAAUGGAUGAUAGAGGUAGUGGCGGAUCGUUUGUGGCGGUUAGAAGGAUUUCGCAAGGGAUUGAUAGAAGUAAUACUACUACUACUACUUGUCAAACUAGUUCAGCCGAGGUUGUAGCAGGAUCAGCAGCAUGGCUUGGCAGAGGCCUUUCAUGUGUUUGUGCUCAGAGUAGAGAAGAUGAUUCUCGCCCGUCAUUUGAUUUGACCCCUGCCCAGGAGGAUUGUUUACAGAAACUGCAAAACAGAUUAGAUAUUGCCUAUGAUAGUUCUGUUCCAGAACACCAGGAAGCACUGAGGUCAUUGUGGAAAGCUUCCUUUCCUGAAGAGGAGCUUUAUGGUCUAAUUUCAGAGCAGUGGAAGGAAAUGGGAUGGCAAGGAAAAGAUCCAUCCACAGAUUUUCGGGGUGGUGGGUUUAUCUCACUGGAGAACUUAUUGUACUUUGCAAGAAACUACCCGAAAUCAUUCCAAGAUCUUCUUCGUAAGCAGGAAGGUGACCGGUCCAUGUGGGAAUAUCCUUUUGCUGUAGCUGGUGUCAAUAUCACAUUCAUGCUUAUUCAGAUGCUGGACCUUGAAGCAGCAAAACCACGGUCUUUGGUUGGAGCGACCUUCUUGAAGUAUCUUUCAGAUAACGAGUCCGCAUUUGAUCUCUUGUAUUGCAUCGCCUUCAAGCUAAUGGAUCAUCAGUGGCUUGCCAUGCAUGCAUCUUACAUGGAUUUCAAUGCAGUGAUGAAAUCAACACGACAUCAGCUGGAAAAGGAACUUUUGGAAGAAAACAUAACACAUCUUGAAGAGCUGCCCUCUUACGCACUCCUUACUCGAUAACCAUUCGUUUGUUUACUUCAAAAAUUAUUAGCUGGCAAGGUACCAAGAUUUGAACAGUCCAUGAUCAGAGUGACACUAGCAAGUGGACAGUUUUACAGUGGAUGUUUAAGCAUAAUAUUAACAUCAAUAUGGUGCAUGACACUGCAUUAAAGAUUUACUACUAAUAGCUUGAUAUGGGCUCCAAGAGAUUUCAAGAAUUUCCACUAGUUCCUAAUCGUGGUGAAGGUGAUGUAAACGGGUAGAACCUGAAAGAAUUGUUGUAUCAGCCUUACUGUGUCUAAUGGGUUGGCAUUGCUCAAAACUUUACAUAAAAAUGCUGAUCUGUUCUUGGAUCUCCUUGUCAUGUUUAUAGUUAAUCUCUUAGAGGUGGUCAAAUUAAUGUGUUGAGUAUGAGUUGAUAUCGGUGA